AUGUCUGAGGGAGCAGAGUCGUUCUACACAUCCACAACACCAGGUAAUCCAACGUCACCGACAGGGCCACCUCCCCCACCUCCGCCAAAACCUCAUGGACACAUCGCUUCCAACGAUCCUUCACGGACCGGCACGCCAUUAUCGUAUGCGCAAGAGCAGCAGCGACCUGCACCGCAAUUGCCGACUCAGUCUGCACUUCAACAGCAGCAGCCACAGUACACUGCAUCGCCCGGGCUCGGCAGCCCACCUCCGCCCCCACUCCCGCCAAACCCGUCCUCCUUUUCCAAACCCGGAGACGCACCUCAUCCUGCACACGCACCACAGCAGUCUGCUAGCUAUGCCAGCGGCUUACCACAAAGCCAGCAGAUUCCUCCUCCACAUCCUUCGGAGCGCUGGCUACCUGAGCAACCUCCCUUGGCAACAUACUCUAUCCCCGAUCUGACUGAUUUACUGAAUCAACCACCUCUCCUGCACGCGCUGUCGCAAUCUCAUCCGUCGUAUGAGUCUGCGAUACAGCCACUGAAUACUCUGCUUGCUCAAAACCUCGCACUGGCCAAAGAACUGUCGCAACUCGAGUCACAGCUCCGUGCCGAGCGUGACAAGACCGCACAGCUGAUGCUAAACCACACGUCACUACAGCAGCAAUGGCGCCGGAAACAAUCAGAAAUGGACAAUGCGCUAAGUCCGUGGCAACCUCGGGCCAUGUACCAACGCCUGGUGGCUAGUACAGGAGAGCAAGAAGCACUGCUAAGAGCCAUUCACGAAUCCUUCCUUGAGGGCCAUGGUGAUGGUUCUGCAACUAGCGUCGAUGGCAAAGCGAGCGACAGAGAAGUCGCAGAAUGGAUCAGGAGGAUCAAGGAAGGCACCACUACGCUCGAGCGCCGAAGAGAGUUGAAGAAUCGAUGGGACGAAGGCCGGGUCGGUGGCUUCAGAUGA